UAUUGGGUUGGGCCGUAAAAUUUAGAAGAUUGGGCCCGACCCAACGGCAGUUCCUGGUUAGGAGAAAGCCAUUUCUUCCCCCCAAAUAGCUUCCUCAGUUCACCUUCGCCGUCUCCCUGCCCAGGCUUGUUCCACUCGCCAUUGUUGUCUCCAGUUGUAGACACUUACACACACCAACUCAGUCUCUUAUUUCUUCUCUGAUAAACUAUCGUAGGCCGAAUUGCAGGAAAUCUUUUCUUCUGAAGGUGUUUGUUUGGUAGGAAACUGAGAACGGAAGUAACAAAAAGUAGAAUUUGGAUGGAAUGCGUGGUUCAGGGAGUUAUAGAGACACAGGAAAGUCCUUCUCUCCCAUUUUAAUGUUUUCUACCAUUAAUUCUGUUGAAUUUGGACUUUUAUUAUUUUUAUUUUGUACGAGAUUUGAAGUUUGGAGGCAAACCCUUUGAGAAUGCUGAUUGAUCUAUUCUUUGUCCGACGAUAAAUAAUAAUUUUUCCGUUAUUUUUUGUAAUUUUUGUUUUGUUUGAAUAUGUAGCUAAUGGGUACCCUGCCAUAACUGUUAAAUUAAUUUUUAUCGUAUGAUAUAAUAUAUUUAGCCAGGGGAAGCAGAAGAAAGAAGGAAGAAUAGCAUGAGGAACAAAAGUUUAAUGGGUUUUAUUGUAUGUAAUUACACAAGGAGGAAAAAGUGAAAAAUGAAAGAAAGUACUUUUAUGCUUGUCUUUGUACUUCUGGAGUAGUUUUAUGAUGAAGCCUCUUCUGUACUGUUUUGAUAUCAUAAUCUAUCCUAGUAUCCUACCUUUUUAGUCAUCAUUAAUUUGAACGCUAACUUACUCAGCUCUUUGGCCUCACUCAAUUAGGCAUUGCUUGUAACUGUUUCUGUUUUCACAUGAUGGCAUACUAUAACGAAUUGAUAGAGCGCCAUUGUAAUUGCUUGAGAUGCUUACAGCAUGUUGAGGCCCAUGAGAUUCUUCUUCAGGGUCUUUGUGGUGUUCAUAGAGAACGUCUGAGAAUCCACGAGAUGUGCCUUAAAAGUGGCCCAAACCUUGGGAUUGUAUCUUCAGAGGUUAGGCUUCUAUGUGACCUUGAACAGGCCGAACCAGCAUGGACUGUUAGGAAUGUAGGGGGUUCAAUGAGGGGUGCAGGUGCUGAUCAGAUUUCAGUUCUAGUCAGGACCGUGGUGGAAAGCAAAGCAAGCAAGAAUGUGCUUCGUUUGUUUUAUGCACUUGGCUACAAGUUGGAUCAUGAGCUACUGAAAGUGGGAUUUGCCUUUAAUUUCCAAAGAGGCACUAAAAUUACAGUCACUGUUUCAUCAGUUAAUAAAAUGCUAAAGCUACAUGCUACUGAUGAAACUGUGCCAGUAACUCCUGGAAUACAGUUGGUUGAAGUGACAGCCCCAGCAACCUCUGAAAACUAUGCUGAAGUUGCUGCUGCAAUAUCCUCAUUUUGCGAAUAUUUAGCGCCGCUCCUCCAUUUGUCAAAACCGGGUAUUUCAACUGGGGUUGUUCCCACUGCCGCCGCUGCUGCUGCAUCUCUUAUGUCGGAUGGUUGGGGCACAAUUUUGUAGUAGAAAUUUUAAAAUCGUUCGGAAGGUUGUUCUUAUUUUUCUUUUUUGGAGGUGGGCUAGUGUGUGUCACUUUAAUCAGUAUCAAGAUUCCCAUGGCUGAGGAAGAAUUCAUCGUUGUUAUAUAUAAUAGCUGAACUAUGAAGUAAAUUAUUAGAAGUACAUUGUUUGCAAUACAGAA